ACCGAGGAGCCUUGGAUAGUGGCUGCAACUAGCAAGAAAUAAAAUCUGGCAAGUAUUUAUGGACUUCAGGAAAAAUGGAACAAUCUAUGUGGGAACAUCUUCCAGACGUUGUAAUAAUUGAGGUUUAUAAAUACCUCAAGGAUGAAGAAAAAGUCAAUGCGGCACUAACGUGCAAGAACUGGGGAAGAUUGUAUUAUACACCAUGUUUAUGGAGGACGAGGCAUUUUGAUGUUGGUGGAUACCGGAUACAUGCCAAUGCUUUGAAGGCCUGUCAGUUUGCUACCCUUCUGGGGAGGCACGUGCAUAAUUUAUCAAUCAACUGUAGCCACCCUUCAUACCACACAGCUAAACUUUUCCAAAAAACAAUGAAUGAAUUACUUUUUAAAAUGCGACACUCAAAAUUAAUUGAAUUCGAAUUAGAGAGACUGGAAUUAGAACGGUUCUGGAGAUGUGAAUCGGCAAGGGAUCGCCUGAUUUCAAGUUUUGUCAGAUUUUUCCGCUAUCAAAAUCGUUUACAGAUCUUUGAUAUGACAGCAGCGCAGUUUUCUUCCAUAGGCGGAAUUCGUGUUCUGGAAACACUUGGAAGCCAAUCCGGAGAUACCAUAAAAGAAAUGUACAUAGAGGAUUUCUUCCAUCCCCGCUUAGCAGUUUUCCAAGUGCCAAGAUACAUCAAUUGUUUAACUUUAUUCAAAAGUGUAGAAUUCUUAGCGUUAAAUUACAACUGUAUAUCGGAGGAAGUAAUCCUCCUUUUUGCUAAAACUUUAGCCGGAAAGCUCGAUAUGAUAAAUAUCAAAGUUUACAAAAAUGACCCAAGAUUUCAUAGGAUAAGUGGAAACGCAUGGAGAGAACUUAAACGUGCUUGUCCGAAGGUAAUAAUAACGUUUUGGUUCGAGAGCAUCGGUUUUAUGCACGAAAUCGUACCGAUUCUUGUGAAGGAAAUUCCUGUUCGCGAUUUUCACAUCUGGACAGGUUACGAUGAUGACGCAGACUGGAGGCUUAAUGAUACAAUACGUCAUCUUCACCUAACGUACAAACACUGCAUAGAUUCUGUGUCAUUGGAACUGGAUAACACCCAUGAAAUGGUAGAUGAGGAGAUUCUACAGCUAGUUAAGACGUGUAAAUGUCUAAGGGACUUAACACUUAAUGCUGUCAUCCUUGUCUCUACGGUUAGAGAGAUUAUGGAGCUUCAGCGAGAACGUAAAAUUGAGUUGAGAACACUUCGAGUGACUGCUUGUAGCCUAACAGAGCUAGAAUGGGCCCAACUGGCAGAAAUCAAAGAUUACUACAGCCCCAUGAUAGAAGAGAGAGGCCUUGAUUUCAAAUUCACAACAGAUUUAAUCAUUGAUUUUUCUUAACUUAAAAACCUAUAGCAAAACUCAAAUGCAUUGAACUACAUUACAUAAUGUUGCAUAAUUUAAGAUACAUUUAAAGUUUGUACAUUCACAAGAUAUUUAAUUCAGGUAUUUGAUUUCACUUUACAAUAAAAUGAUUGUAAAAC